UAACGGCUUUGAUUCAUUAAUUCCAUUGCACACAUUUGCGUCUUUCACUCUGAGGUUUUUAAGUAAAUUUAAUUUAUUCAAUAACUGGUUGUGGUCUUCUCAUUUCUCUCUCUUUCUUUCUCUGUCAUCGCUUUUACACAAAAAGUUUGUUGAUGUGUUCUUGGAGGGAUAUAAAAGGCCGAAGAAAAGUUACCAAUCGUUUAGUUAACAUCUUAGAAUCAAGUCAAGAGCAAUGACGUGGCUGGUUAAAGUUUCGUCUUUCGUUCUACUUUAUCUUCAUUGUGCGAGUUGUGAUGUCAUAGAUGCAGAAGUGAUUGAUGCUGUUCCAGCUGACAUCAGCACUGAGCCACCAGUAAUUUUCGAUAAAGAUCGUGCUGGCAUUGAAUCGAUUAAGUACGAUGGCGCUCAAUUGUGGAGAAUCGCUUAUAGCGAACAAGAAUAUAAAAAUGCUGUAGCGGAACUUCAAAAGCAAUUCCAAGUGUCGAUGUGGAAUUUACAAAUGACAAACAUAACGCAACCAUACGUUGACAUGUUUGUGAAAAGUGCGAUGGUAGAUGAUGCAAGAAGUUUUCUCGAAAACGUUCGUGUACCUUUCGAUGUCGUUAUUAAUGAUAUUCAAGAAGCAAUUAACAAUGAAAACCCACCACUUGAUGACACUGACUUAUGGCAGAAUAGAAACGGACAUCCAAUGACUUGGACUUCGUAUCAUCGUCUUACUGAUAUUUUCGGAUAUUUGGAUUAUCUUACGAAGACAUUCCCUGAUUUAUGCAGCCAACAAGAGAUAGGAAAAUCCAUUCAAGGACGACCAUUAAAAGUUUUGAGAGUCUCAAAUGGAAAUCCAACAAACAAAGCUAUUUGGAUCGAUGGCGGAAUUCACGCACGUGAAUGGAUCUCUCCAGCUGUUGUCACAUUCAUAAUCGAUUCAUUUGCUGAGAACUGGAAUGAACAAAGUCAAGACAUUCAGAACAUCGAUUGGUAUUUCCUGCCAGUUAUGAACGUUGACGGUUACGAAUAUUCGCAUACGAAUGAUCGAUUAUGGAGAAAGAAUCGAAGACGUAAUAGCGUUUGCACGGGAGUUGAUUUGAACAGGAAUUAUGGGUAUAAAUGGGGUGGACAAGGAGCAUCACGACAGCCAUGUGCUGAAACUUUUGCUGGUUCCUCAGCCUUCAGUGAACCCGAAACAAAAGCCGUCCGAGAUUUCCUAGUGAAAUCCGCUGCAAACUUUAAAGCUUCACUUUCAUUCCACAGUUACGGUCAAUAUAUUUUAUAUCCAUGGGGCUACGACCGUAAAGUCCCUCCAGAUCAUGCUGACUUAGACGCAGUCGGUAAAGAAGCUGCAGAGGCGAUGAAAAAAGUCAGCGGAUUUCAUUAUACAGUUGGACCAGCUGGAAGUUCACUUUAUCCUGCUUCAGGAGGUAGCGAUGAUUGGGCAAAGGGCACCAUGAAGUUCAAAUAUUCAUAUACAGUUGAAUUACGAGACACUGGUCGUCAUGGAUUUAUGCUUCCAGCUGACCAAAUUAUUAGUAGUGGUCAGGAAACGAUGGCGUUCAUGAGAGUGAUUGCAAAAGCUGUUUCAAAAGCUUAAAAUUGUUGAAAUAAAGUUUUGAUUUACUCACGUCAUGUUGGCUCAAUGAUUUAUGUAUUGAAUAAUCAUAUUGAUCAACUAUUCCUUC